AUGUGGAACUUUGAUGGUUCCUCCACCAACCAGGCUCCCGGCGACAACUCUGAUGUCUACCUGAAGCCCGUUGCUGUCUUCCCCGACCCAUUCCGUGGAUCUCCCAACAUCCUCGUCCUCUCCGAAUGCUGGAACGCCGAUGGCACCCCCAAUAAGUACAACUACAGACAUGAGUGCGCCAAGUUGAUGGAGGCUCACGCCGCUCACGAGCCCUGGUUCGGUCUCGAGCAGGAGUACACUCUGCUCGACCUCAGCAACCGCCCCUUCGGCUGGCCCGCUAACGGCUUCCCUGCUCCCCAGGGCCCCUACUACUGCGGUGUUGGUGCCGGCAAGGUCGUCCAGCGCGACAUCGUCGACGCCCACUACAAGGCCUGCCUGUACUCUGGCAUCAAGAUCUCUGGUACCAACGCCGAGGUUAUGCCCGCCCAGUGGGAGUAUCAGGUCGGUCCCUGCACCGGCAUUGAGAUGGGUGACCACCUCUGGCUGGCUCGCUUCCUCCUGGCCCGCAUUGCCGAGGAGUUCGGCGCCAAGGUCUCCGUUGAGCCCAAGCCCAUCCCCGGUGACUGGAACGGUGCCGGUCUCCACUCUAACUUCUCCUCUAAGGAGAUGCGUGUUGAGGGUGGCAUGAAGCACAUCGAGGCUGCCAUCAAGAAGCUUGAGGGUCGUCACAAGGAGCACAUUGCCGUCUACGGUGAGGGCAACGAGAAGCGUCUCACUGGCCGCCACGAGACCGGCUCCAUCGAUUCGUUCUCUUACGGAGUUGCCAACCGUGGUGCUUCUAUUCGUAUCCCCAGAGAGUGCGCCCAGAAGGGCUACGGCUACUUCGAGGAUCGCCGCCCCGCCUCAAAUGCCGACCCCUACAGAAUUACUGGUAUUCUGAUGGAGACUAUUUACGGUUCUGCCGAGUAA